ACGAUAAUUAGUUAACCGCAGGCGGGCGGAGCAUCGCAUCCCCGGACAGGCAGUUUCCGCUUCUUCUUCUCCAGGUCGCCUCCCUCGAACUCCUCGCCGCCGGCUCCGCAAUCCCGCCUCCCCGCCCUGAUCCCGUCCUCUCGCCGAUGCGGAGGAGACCAGUCACUGGCUGCGUCGCUGCCGGAUUCGGCUGCUGAGGCUGUAAGGGUUGCUUGCUUCGGGUGCUUGGAUUGGAUGGUACGCAGGUCACGGGGUUCCUUCUCGGCGUAGCUGGUUGGAGCUAUGUUUCCACCGAGGAAGGUGGAGGACGAGAUGGCGCUCGGCAGGCAGAGGACCGUGAGGUUUUAUGAUGAGAGGGGUAAACCAACGAUUCCUAUUCACCAGAAAAAGGCGGGGUUUGCUGCUAGCAAACUUGGUAUCGCGAGCUCAGGGAAGAACAAGAUUUUUGUGGGAGGAGAUGUGCAGUAUAACAAGAUCUUUGAUCCAUCAAGUGACUUCAUCUUGACAUGGAACCGCAUGUUCCUUUUUUCGUGCUUCCUUGCUCUAUUUAUAGACCCCCUGUACUUUUACGUGCCAAAAAUUGUCUACAGCACCCCUUAUUCCUGUGUUGGGACAGACAGACAUUUAACCAUCAUCAUUACAUUCUUCCGAUCAGUUGCUGAUUUAUUAUAUGUGAUUCACAUCAUAAUGAAGUUCAGAACUGCAUUUAUUAAUCCAAGCUCAACCUUGCGGGUAUUUGGAAGAGGAGAUCUUGUCACGGAUCCUAAAGAGAUUGCAUGGAAAUAUUUGAGAUCGGACUUUGUAGUUGAUGUGGUGGCUGCAUUGCCCUUGCCACAGAUCAUAGUCUGGUAUGUGAUACCAGCUAUUAAGUAUUCCACUGCUGAGCACAAUAAUAACAUUCUGGUGCUUAUAGUUCUCGCUCAAUAUCUUCCAAGACUAUAUCUCAUAUUCCCUUUAACUUAUGAAAUCGUCAAAACUACUGGAGUUGUUGCAAAGACUGCCUGGCAAGGGGCUGUAUACAACCUGCUACUUUACAUGAUAGCUAGUCAUGUACUAGGUGCACUAUGGUAUUUGUUGUCUGUUGAUCGCCAAACAGCCUGCUGGAAAAUGACUUGUAGGAAUGAAACUGGGUGCGAUAUUAGGUACCUGGAUUGUGACGCGCCAAAUAAAAAUUGGUCCAGUGAGACUGUUGUCUUCAGUAGUUGCAAUGCUAGUGAUACCAGCAUCAAUUUUGACUUUGGCAUGUUCUUGCCUGCAUUAUCAAAUCUAGCUCCUGCUCAGGGUUUCUUGAUAAAGUUCUUCUAUUCCCUUUGGUGGGGUUUGCAGAAUCUAAGUUGCUACGGCCAGACUCUUUCUGUGAGUACCUACAUUGGUGAGACAUUGUACUGUAUAUUCUUGGCAGUACUCGGUCUUGUCUUGUUUGCACAUUUGAUUGGAAAUGUGCAGACCUACCUACAAUCCAUCACUGUGAGGGUUGAGGAGUGGAGAUUAAAGCAAAGAGACACGGAGGAGUGGAUGAGACAUCGUCAACUUCCUCGUGAACUACGGGAAAGAGUUAGACGAUUUAUCCAGUACAAGUGGCUUGCAACUCGAGGUGUGAAUGAAGAGUCUAUAUUACAAGUUCUACCUGCCGAUCUACGGCGUGACAUCAAACGCCACCUUUGCUUGGGUCUUGUUCGUCGGGUUCCAUUUUUCUCCCAGAUGGAUGACCAACUUCUAGAUGCCAUCUGUGAGCGUCUUGUGUCAUCACUGUGCACAAAGGGCACAUACAUUGUCCGUGAAGGUGAUCCGGUGAUUGAAAUGCUCUUUAUCAUUCGUGGGAAACUGGAAAGUUCCACAACAAAUGGUGGCCGCACAGGCUUCUUCAAUUCAACUAUCCUGAAACCUGGUGAUUUCUGUGGUGAGGAACUUCUUGGAUGGGCUCUUGUUCCAAAGCCUACCGCCAAUUUGCCAUCAUCCACUCGCACAGUGAAGGCGCUCAUAGAAGUGGAGGCCUUUUCACUUCAGGCUGACGAUCUCAAGUUUGUGGCCAGUCAAUUUAGGCGGUUACACAGCAAGAAGUUGCAACACACUUUCCGUUACUACUCACACCAUUGGAGAACGUGGGGCUCAUGCUUCAUCCAAGCUGCUUGGCGACGUUACAGGAGGAGGAAAAUGGCGAAGGACCUUAGUAUGAGGGAGUCAUUCCCUUCCAUGAGAUCAGAUGAAUCAAGUGGUGAAGAUGACCCUCCACCUAAGAAGAAUCUCUCUCUAAAAAUGAUGGCCGGGAAGAUCAUGGCUGGGAACAGGAAAGGUCUUAAGACCUUGAAAGAGUUGCCUACACUAAAGAAGCCGGAUGAGCCAGAUUUCUCAGCUGAACCAUAUGAGUAGGUAAUGCUCUGUCCAAACGAUAUUUUUCGAUGAUGGAGGAGGCUGUAGUCAGACCGGUGAGAAUGCUAAUUAACUUUGGAUCCUAAAGCGAUUAAGAGACGUUGAAUGUUCUAAUUUACAUAGAAGUUUAGUCACCGUUACAUUGUACAUUCAGAUGUAUUUUGUGUUUUGUAACAUUCUUGGUAUCGUCAUGACAGCGCGCCAUUACACUGACAGCCAGAGCUUCAAAUAGGUUUCUUUUUUGAAGCCAUAGAUUGUAUAUUGAAUUAUUUUGAGUCUGUAAAGUAUGAGGGUUCCUAUUUUUAGUCAAAAGACCACUUCAACAUAAAGAUUGUACAUGCCACAUAUUUUUCUCC